GCCGGAUAUAUUUUAUUUUUCGCACAAGAUCUUUCCUCGUUCUUUUUUUUUUUUUAUAAUUUAAGAAUUGCGAAGAUAAUUUUCUUGUCAAGCAAGAUCAUUUCGGGGUUGGAUAAAAAGUUUUUGAAGAGGUCAGUGGAGAAGUGGUUCUUUUGUGGGACCAUGAUGUUGAGAGAGACCCCCGAUAUGGGCUCCAAUACUCCCUUCUUUCUUACUGCUUUGCUAGAAAGGUGACUAUGCCAAGAAGACAGGAGGUAUCGAGCACGCCUCGCGUAUACCCAGUCACCUUUCUCUCUUCGUGACCGUAGCAUAUGUUUUGCGACCGUCGAUGGCGCUCUCGCGGCUUUGAAAACGGCGCUAUCAUUAACGCUGCUCCAUCGGUCUCGUAAGCUUCGCUUACGUUGACUCCUCCCUCGAAAGGAGUUUUUCUUUUCUUUCCGACGGAAAAAGCGUUUCGAGUUUGUGUUUAUUUUCCUGCUCGAAUUUUAGAACCCGCAAGAGCGUCACGUACAGUCGAUUUGAUUUUCUUCUUGAUUUUUAAAUUAUCUUUUUCAUUUUGUUUCUUUUCUUUCUUUCCGUUUUUUGUAGUCCUUUACUUUCUAUCAAUUUUCUUUUUUUUCUUCUACAUUGUUUGAUAAUUCGUGCUCAAAGGAGAAAAUCUAUUUAAUACGAUCGGACGUCCGUAUCUCUUCGCGUGUGUAUGCGCUCGCGCGCCAUUACGAUAAAGAAGGGCUGCUUUUACACAUAGCCGUGAUAUUUAAAUUUUCUUUAUUCACCGUUCGCGUUGAGAAAAAUAUACAAAAUUUUGAUUUACGUUAAAAAAAGAAGAUACGGGAAGAUGAUAUUCUUCAGUGGUCUUUUGCUGUUCCUGGCCGUAUUUUCGAGAGUGGGUUGUCAACGAAAUACACCGAGAAGUGCAAGAGCCAGUAGAAAUGAUGCAGCUUUGGAGUUUGAGUGUCCCGAAGAGUUCGGUUAUUAUCCUCAUCCUCGAGAUUGUACGCAGUACUACGUUUGUGUCUUUGGCGGUGCUUUACUCGAAUCUUGCACGGGAGGUUUGAUGUAUAGUCAUGAAUUGCAGACGUGCGAUUGGCCACGUAACGUUGGCUGCCCUGAAAGUGGUUCGGUCAACAAGGAAAUCAACGAGGAUCCGCUGUUGGAAAGGUCUACAAAAAUCGAGUCAUUGCAACAACAACAACAACAACAACAACAACAACAGCAGCAGCAGCAGCAACAACAACAGCAACCUUUGCAACGAACGAUCCAAAGGCAACCACUUUUAAUUACUUCAACAUCUUCCCCAGCACCUCAGACCACGGAACGACAAUAUCGUCAGCGACAACAAGCUAGAAAUUAUCCUGAGGACGAUUACGAACCUCCCAGCGAAAUCGAGAACGAUAGACAACAACGAGUCUAUAGAGGACAACCUUCGACGAUAGGACAAGUGCAACGUGACCGUGAUGGACUUCGUAGAAACAUCAUAUCUGAGAGAGAGAAGGAGAGCCUGGUGAACGCACGCGUUCAAGCAGAGUCCCAUUUCAGGACUCAGGUACCUUCAACGGAGUCAUCUAGAAUCGCUAAAACUUUGGCGUCUACGGUAGCACCGAUCAUAUCAAAAUCAUAUUACAAUGAUCCUGAUCAAAGUUAUCCUUAUUACACGAUUUAUGAAGAUGACGUAUCCAUGUAUAAGGAUGACGAUUACAAUCAAUACACAGUGAAUCAAACAGUUCCAUUGCAACAACCAAAUGUGAAGAUAAGCGAAGUUAGUACAAAACAAUAUCCACAAAAAUCGAAAAAAGUUAGCGUUAACGAUGCGGAUAGAUAUAAUCUGAAUCAUGACGUUACGGCACAGGACUAUGAUAUCUAUGAGAAUCAGGCUCAAUUAAACAAAAAUAAAUUCAGAAUCUCCGAAGGACAGCCACCUUUAAGGACGAACGUAGUGAGCCAUCCGGCGGUCCACGUGACGACUCCGAACACUCUAGUUGACACGUUUGUCCCAUUGACGACUACCACUCAAACACCUACAACAAGCGCCAGGCCUUACACCGUUAGUGUUUCAAGCCGAGGCCGUCCGCAACAAAUCAACCGAGGCACUGCACCUCCUCGUUCACGACCCACGUUGAAACCAUCGACGGAGAUAGUUUCGAAGGCACAGGAAUUCAUCGAUAUCUAUAGAUAUCCACCGGUUAGACCAGCCCCGAUUUAUCCGACACCUCAGGUCGAUAAGCCUGCAGCGAAAUGCCGAAGAGACGUUUGUCUACUUCCGGAUUGCAGCUGUGGUGGUGCCGACAUUCCAGGUGACUAUCUUCCGGAGGAGAUCCCACAAAUCGUCUUGUUGACGUUCGAUGACUCCGUGAACGAUCUGAACAAGGGACUCUACGCCGAUCUCUUCGAGAAGGGAAGAAAGAACCCGAAUGACUGUCCUAUCUCAGCAACCUUCUACGUGUCCCACGAGUGGACCGACUACAGCCAGGUUCAAAAUCUCUAUUCUUCCGGUCAUGAGAUUGCCUCCCACACGGUCUCGCACAGUUUCGGAGAACAAUUUUCACAAAGAAAAUGGGCACGAGAAGUAGCUGGACAGCGUGAAAUCCUUUCGGCUUAUGGAGGUGUCAAGUUGGAAGAUGUCAGAGGAAUGAGAGCUCCAUUCUUGUCGGUCGGUGGAAACAACAUGUUUAAGAUGCUAUGGGAUACGAACUUCACCUACGAUUCAUCGAUGCCAAUUUAUGAGAACAGACCUCCUAGCUGGCCUUAUACAUUGGACUACAAACUCUUCCACGACUGUAUGAUACCGCCUUGCCCCACCAGAUCUUAUCCUGGAUUGUGGGAAGUUCCUAUGGUAAUGUGGCAAGAUCUGAAUGGUGGUAGGUGUUCUAUGGGAGACGCUUGCAGUAAUCCGCCAACUGCCGAUGGAGUCUACAAGAUGCUUAUCAAGAACUUUGAGAGACAUUACACGACUAACAGAGCACCGUUCGGUCUCUUCUAUCACGCGGCAUGGUUCACUCAACCUCAUCACAAAGAAGGCUUCAUAUCUUUCCUUGACACGAUCGUUGCUAUGGAUGACGUUUGGGUAGUAACAAAUUGGCAAGCUAUUCAAUGGAUUAGAAAUCCAACGCCUCUAGCUCUGAUGCAUAAUUUUGAGCCAUUCAGUUGCAAUUUUGCGGAUCGACCGAAGAAAUGUAACAAUCCGAAGGUUUGCAAUCUCUGGCACAAAAGUGGUGUUAGGUACAUGAAGACCUGUCAAGCUUGUCCAGAUAUCUAUCCAUGGACGGGCAAAACUGGUAUUAGGAGCAGUCGCAUCGAUAACGAAAUCGAUACUCACGAAUGAAACGACAAACCGAUCAACGUGGCGAUCGAGACCCACCAAUGAGGACGAAAGAGCCAAAACGAGAAGAACGAUACAUAGCUCAUACAGCAUUUGUGUUCUUUUAUCUCUCGUUCCUCUGAAGAAAUUCUGAAUUUCGAGUACGCCAAGCUGUUUUAUUUUUCUUUAAUUUUUCUAUUCUUUCAUUUCUUUUUCUUUUCUUUUUUUUUCAUUUUUCCUCUUUUGCUCGUAUUAUUGGUCGAGAAAAACAAAACAAGCAACAUGGCUACAACUUUCGCGACUUUGGUGGGUCUGCGAAGUGUAAUCAAAAAAAAAAAAAAUUGAGUCCUUUCUAGAAAAGAUUUCAAAAUAGGACUGUUGCAUAGGUCGAAAAACACGUACGUGUUCUUUUUUUUUAAAAAAAAGACUUUGUUCCUUUAUCUUUCUUCUUUUUUUUCUUCUUUCUUAUCUCGUCCAAUCAGUUAACCACGAUAAUAUAACGACAUUAAGAUAUAAUAAUUGUAUACAAAUACGUUAAAAUGCUAAUUGCGUUAUAUUGUUGAAACAGGGUAACUUGACACGAUACGAGUAGAAUUAUUAAAUUAUUUCGAAGCAAUGUAUUGAGACGGCGGGCAUUGAUUCAUGUGAACCGAUGAACGUGGCACGAAUCGGUGACCGCGAGUCAGUGAAGUGUAGUAACUUUUUUCUUCUUUUUUUUCUUCCUUCGUCUCUUUAUUUUUAUUAUCUUCUUCUUUUAUCUUUCUAUUAUCUCAUCAUUUUCUACGUACGUGUCUUCCUUAUAUUGUAUUUUAUUUUAUUUUAUUAUAAGCAACUUCCUCUUUUACCUACUUCGAAAUCUUUCAACACGUUCUUGGCGUACUCGGAAAAAAUUCGAGAUAGAGCAAUUAAUCACGAGUAAUUAAUAAUAAUAAUAAUAAUUAAAUAAUAACAAAAUGAUAACGAUAAUAAUAUUUGCGGAAAGAAAUAUGAAAAUGAUUGCCGAUCAUGAAGUUUCGUACGUCAUUUCGUGAUAUGUAUUAUCAUCCACCGAGGUUCGAAUGUGCGGAGAUCACUUUGAUGGAAAUUUAUUAAAAAAAUGUCGAAAGAAAAAUGUCGCUUUCUUGAAGGAUCGUGAGUACGAGAGGAAUCAUUGUGUUUUACCUGAACCUGAAAAAUAUAAUGCGGCUUUAAUAAAUACACAUUUCGCUAGAAUUCACAAACACACAUACACACGCGCGCACGCAUAUAAUUUAUCGUAUAAAUUAAUAAUCAAGUAUAAUCAAAUGGAACUGAACGAAUAGAAUCUUAUGAAAAAUGACGUUUACUUUAAAUCAAGCAGGAUGACAGUUAUAUGUCAUAUGUUUUUAUUACAAACAUGUAUUUGGGAUCGGUAAAGGAUAGAGUAUGGAAGCCCAAGUAUCUAAGUCAUAUUUCUCAAUAUCCUGCCAGUGAACACUAUUCAUAUAUGCGAUAUUUUCAAUCCAAUAUUUCUUGAGAUUACAGACCGUCAUAGCCUUGAAAAAUUAAAAAAUAAGUUUUCUAUAAAACAAGAAAUCGAUGAGAGAUCAAUCACCUAUAUUCAUUUGAAUCAUAGAAAUUUUAUAAAUAUGAUUUCAUAUAUUAGUCAUAUUACCCGUUUAUUUUGUAUGAUCCAUGCGAUAACAAACUUGUUAUCUUGCAAACGAGACCAUUUUUCCGCCUUAUUCAAGUAAAUAUUUCUCUGUGAUUUUUUACCAUAAAUUAUAUUUAUAUGAGAUUUAAAAAAAUAGAGAAACGGUUUUAUGAAUGGAGCACGUUUCGAAACUCGAUUGAGAGUUUUCGUGAUUUGAUGAAUCCCGUCGAAAAGUUCGAUAAGUUGAUUCGCUUUCUUUAAAUUUAUACAACGAAUUAGUACUAGGAGAAAGCAUUCCAAGCCCUGCAACGACAGAUCAGAAUAUUUAGAAUUUAUUGUCGUGAUCAAUAAUAUUAAUUCGAAUGAAUUACUAGGCAACAAGUGACAAUUGUAGAAAAAUCAUCAUGUUUAACUUCUUUCGUGUAACUAUCCACAGUUAGUUCACAACUUUCGUCAAUUCUGUAUCCCCUGAAAGGAAGUUCGAUGUGUAAAUAUGUAUCAAUGAAUUGUAAACAUUUUCAUGAACUUACAUUCGCAAUUGCCAAAUCCAUAAACAACUUAAAAGUCGAGUAAGACAAACUGGAUCGCGAGAAACACAACCUUUCGUAUUGCAAACUAUUUUAUAAUAAAUAUGUUGUUUUUAUUUUUUUUAUUUUAAUUUAAUAUAUAUUUCAUUAGUAUGAAUCGAACGAUCGAUAUAAUUAAAGAUGGAUAAACGUACCAGUGAGUGUUUUGGCAUGUUGGAGACAGGAUUCGUAAGAUUCCAAAAAUACUCCAGCUUCUAAGAGUAAUUCUAAGGAAAGAGCAUAAUACCAGGUAAUCGCUGAAUUAUCGAUGUCCUCGUCUGACAUAUAAUGCAGCUCGUUGAUGAGAUCAAUUGCUUCGCUAAUAUGUUUUGUCCAUAUCUGUUUGCAAGAUAUGAAAGAGUAAAAGAAAAUGUGAAAGAAAUAUGUUUACUAUUGAUUACCAUGAUUUCUAUAAAUGAUGGCAGCAAAACAAGUUUCACAUGGGUAAGUUUCAUCAUGUAUGUCAUUUUAAGUAUAUUUUUACCAAAUUCUAUGGCAUCUUGAAAUUCGCCUCUCAAUGCUCUGUUAUAUAUAAAAAUAUAAAAUUAUCGAAUAUGUAUAAUUAAUUCGACUUUUAUUUGAUUUUAAUAGUAUUACCUGAUCUCGUACAUCACCAUAAAUAUUUUCGUUAUAAGAAUUAAGUCUUCUGGAUAGAACCAAUACGUUUUUCUUUUUAUUAUCUCUAUUAUUAUAUGCUCAAGGCAUCUGAUAAAAUUGAAGUUAUCUCCACGUCGAAAAACUUUCACAGCAGUCAGAUAAAUUUCGGCCUGUUUAAAAAAAUUACCUGCAUUUUCGAAUCCUAAUCUGAGACUUUGUAAAAUGAUCGACUUCGCAAUUUUUUCUUUUCCCUCUAUCUAGAUGAUCAUAUUAUGAUCGUAUUUAUUCAAUAAUUUAUGUAACUUGAAAAUGAUAAAAUCAAAAGAAUACGAUUGUCACCAUAAGAAUCAAAGAAAGUCGUCCAAGAUAAGAUGCCAAUUCCAAGUUAUCAAAAGCUGUAAGUCCUCGAUAACGAUUGACAAAAUAUUGUAAGAAUCUUUUUCCUAUUUGUAAAAGUAAGUUUUCUAUACAAGCUGUGUAACAAGCAGCAAUUGUUGAUUGUGGUAUGUUAGUUUGUGACGAUACUGCUUUGGUAUAUAUCAUCUUUGCUUGCAAAUAAUUACCUAGUGCCACAUGAGCAUCGCCUAAAAAUCAUUUUCUUUAAAUAAUUAUAUAAUUAGAACAAAAUCAGCUACAUACCCAUCAACAUCAAAAUUAUUCCUUUAUUAACGAUCGAAUGUUCAUUACAUGUUCCUAUUUGCUGACAUUUCGUUUCUAAUUUCUCGUGUCUCUGUUUGGCAAUUUCAAGAAUUUUUAGAGCAAACAAUGGCUCUGCAAUAUAAAUUAAUCCUAUGCUAUAUUCAAUUAGAAAUUCCAAUAUAUGUUCAUCUGAACCUAUAAAAAAAUAUAUUCAAUCAAAAAAAUUAUAUUCUUGCUAGUAUAAAAUAAUAUAAAAAAUAAUAAUAAUAUAAAAUAUGAUAAAAAAAUGAAGUAUAUUCUUAAUAUACUAGGAUCAAAUGAAUAAAAAAUUACCUAUUUGCUCGACAUAUUGACUCAAUUGCCAAUAUAUACAGUUAAUUUUGUCGUAACAAUAACAACUUCUAUAGUCGACAGAAUUCAAUUCUUUUAAAAACAUAUGAGAAGGAUCGGUUAUUCUUUCGGGUGUAACAAACGAUCGUCUUAAAAAUUUUAAUCUGAAUUUAUCAUAUAGGAUAUGAUUUGAUACAUUUAUAACGUCUGAUGAAAAAUUUAUAAUAUGAGAUAUAAUUUCGAUGAAAGAUAUAUGACAAAAAUGAAUAUGUACAAAACGAAAUGUGACCUUCUAUUUGUUCCUCUUCUUCACCAUACUCAGAGAAUGACAAUACAGAUAUUUUAGAAAUAGACUCCAAAAAUUGUUGAAUAUCAGUUUUAAGAAUAUUUCGUUUUGGUUCUCUAAAUACAUCGGUAGUUAUGAUCUGCAAUAAUGAUACAACAAACUUGGCAAAAAAUAGAGGAAGGAGAUUUACAGUAGAAAAUGAAAUGAAUCGUGAAAGAAAUUCUUAAGAAUAAAGAAGUUGCAUGAAAAAAAGUAAUAAUAAAAUAAAAUAUAAGAGGGAUAACAUAAAGUAUAUUCCUUUACCUCUUCCGAUAAAUUUCUAAAGAAUGUUUUUGAAAAGGAACCGCCACCACAUCCUUCACAUUUAUGAGUUUCUCGUCUGUAUAUCUUACAAGCUUUGUACCAGUAGUCAUUUUUUUUACUCCUUUGCAACAUAUUGUACAACAUUUUAUGAAACGAAAGAAUCUUAAAUUCCAAUAUCUUGCAAUUAGAAUAAGUAGGUAAUUCUGAUAUCCCAAAGUUGUCUAAAGAUUAAAACAGAUUUGAUUUUUACACAAUUUAGGUGAAACGUUUAAUAGUGUAUAACUCACGAGAGACCGGGCAAUUACAUUGUACCAAAUGAUGCAUGUUAGAGAAUGUUUUUCGUCUUAUAAGUAAACUAUAGAAAUAAUUAUCCGUAUGAAAUAGAUGUCUUUGUAUAGAAGCACAUUCCACUACUCGUAUUCGAAUUAGUUCGGACACGACUGCAAAAUAAAAAAUAAAUAAUUUUACAAAAUAAUAUAAUCAUCGAAGAACAUAAUUUACUUGCUUUCAGCUGUAUGCUUUGCCGUUGAAUUUAUCAUAAGAGUUUGAACGAUCGUCCGUACAAAAAGUUGACCGAUUGCCGCAGCACAUUUGAUAAAUUCUUUCUGAUACAAAUUCAUCCUUUCAUAAAUCAUCCUUUUCAAACCUAAAAUGAUAUAAUUAUAUUACACAUAUGUUUCUUUUUAAUACGCAUCAAAUUCAUUAACAUUCAGAUAUUAUAAUAGUUACCACUAUAAUUCAAAGUGGCAUCAGCAAAACCAAUAUAUUUUUCAUUAGUUAUACAAAUAGGAAAAAGAUUUGUUUUAGAAGAAGGGAUCACGUCUUCUGGGAACAAAUCAUACGGCACUUUUCUUAUCAUAUAAGAUUCCGGGAAAAUAAGAUUAUAUUGUUUUAAUUCAGUGCUAGUCAUGGUUAAAAAAUCAAGUCCAUUACUUUGCAAAGUCAAACUCAAAUAUGUUUCACACCAGCCUAUAUCGUUUUGACUAUAUUUUUUUAUAAUCCUGUUUAAAAGAUAUGUACUAUUAAUUAUCAAUACAUUGAUAUCAAUAUAAUAUCAUUAUAUUCAUUUGAACAUUUUAUAAACAACUUACGCGUCCAAACAUUUAGGUAUUGCGACAACAUUAAGAAAUUGACAGGCAAACCCAGUUAACAAUUGGUUAUCUAGUCCGUCUAAAGAAAUUUUUAUUAAUCUUCCAUCUUCAAAAAAAUUUUCCUCUACGUCGAAGUUUUCGAUAUCAAAAGGUGGAUUUAAAGUAGUUAUUACUGUUACUACGUUAAUAUUGUCAAAAGCUAAUGACACAAAAUGCCAGGACAUCGAAUCAGUAUAAUGAAAAUCAUCCAAAAAUAUACACAUUUUAUCACUCUGUAGCAUACAAAAGUUUUAUAUGAAAAAUUUCAUUAAAAUUUAUUUAAUUAUAACUAUCACAUACUUGAUUUAAAAUAAUGCUGAAAAUUUCUGUCAUUUUUAUAUGACGUUGCGAAUUAUUAGCCGCACAAUACUCAUCCGAAAGAGGAAAAGAAACUUUCAUUAAUGUAUUUAGGUAACAAAAUUCAUUUGAGGAGAGAAACGAACCCAAUUUCUUUUUUAAUACUCUUUCGCGAUCUUUAAUAGACUUGCAAUCUUCUGCAUCGAGUAUCUAAAAUAUAAGAUCGAUUUAACAUAAUAAUUAAUAAUGCAUCGUUAAA